GGCGGGUCGGGGCUGAGGGCCCUGAUGCGGCUGCGGCCGCUCCGCCGCCGGGAGAGGCCCCGCCCCGCCGCCGGGCUCCAUGUACCCCAGAAUGAAUGAAAUGAACUUGAGUCCUGUAGGGAUGGACCAGCUGACCUCGUCCUCUGUCAGCAAUGCCCUGCCUGUCUCAGGGAGUCACUUGGGAUUGGCAGCAUCACCCACUCACAACACCAUACCGGCACCAGGUUUGCCGGUUGCAAUUCCAAACUUGGGCCCCUCCUUGAGUUCCUUGCCCUCUGCUCUGUCUCUGAUGCUCCCAAUGGGUAUUGGGGAUCGAGGAGUGAUGUGUGGUAUACCAGAGAGAAACUACACCCUACCUCCACCGCCAUACCCUCACCUGGAGAGCAGCUACUUCAGACACAUUCUACCUGGUAUCUUAUCUUACUUGGCUGACAGACCUCCGCCUCAGUACAUCCAUCCCAACACUAUAAAUGUUGAUAGCAAUCCAGCAUUGUCAGUGCCCAGCAAUCCCUCAGCCCUGGACCCCUACCAGCCCAGUGGAACUGUGGGGCUGGAACCAGGGAUUGUGCCCAUGGACUCCCGCACAGUCAAUGCGCAUGGUGCUCAAAACAUGCAUCCUAGCGACAGCCACGAGGUAGCUCUGGAUAGUACAAUCGCUAUGGAGAGCGUUUCGAGGGUAACCAGCCCCAUCUCCACAGAUGGGAUGACAGAGGAGCUUACAAUGGACGACGUAGCCAGGGAUCAUUCGCAGAUCCCAAAUGGCUCCCGGAGCCAUGAACCUUUGGCCGUAGACACGGUGGGAAGUAACUUGACGCCAGACGCAGUGGGGCACGGCGGUGUCAUCCCCAUUCACAGUAGCACUUUGGAACUCCCUGUCCCUGUCGUCAUGGAGCCUGACCACAUUGCUGGGCGGGUGGCGGGGAUGUCGGACAGCACACUAAAUGACUCCAUUCAUACCGUGGCCAUGAGCACCAACUCUGUGAGCGUGGCACUCUCUACCUCACACAACCUCGCUUCCCUGGACUCGGUAGCCUUGCACGAAGUGGGCCUCAGCCUCGAGCCAGUGGCGGUGUCUUCCAUAAAUCAGGAAGUAGCCAUGGGGCCGGGUCACGUGGAUGUGUCUGCAGACAAUCUUGCCUUCGUACCAUCCUCUCUGCAAAUGGAAGACUCCAAUUCAAACAAGGAGAACAUGGCAACCUUGUUUACCAUAUGGUGCACACUGUGUGACAAGGCGUAUCCAUCCGACUGCCCUGACCAUGGACCUGUCACCUUUGUCCCAGACACCCCAAUAGAGAGCCGAGCCAGGCUUUCUCUCCCUAAGCAGCUUGUCCUACGGCAGUCUCUCAUGGGAGCUGAAGUGGAUGUUGGUCUUCUACUGAUAGGUGUGUGGACACGAGAAACCAUUCCUGUAAGAACUUGUUUUGGACCUCUGAUCGGGCAGCAGAGCCAUUCUCUGGAGGUGGCUGACUGGACAGACAAAGCAGCUAGUCACAUCUGGAAGAUCUAUCACAAUGGUGUCCUAGAGUUCUGCAUCAUUACAACUGAUGAAACUGAAUGUAACUGGAUGAUGUUUGUACGCAAAGCCAGGAACCGGGAAGAGCAGAAUCUGGUGGCUUAUCCUCACGAUGGAAAAAUUUACUUUUGCACCUCUCGGGACAUCCCUCCUGAGCACGAGCUUUUCUUUUAUUACAGUCGGGACUACGCACGACAGCUUGGUGUCCCUGAACAUCCGGAUGUGCACAUCUGCCACUGUGGAAAGGAAUGUGCUUCCUAUGCGGACUUCAAGGCCCAUUUAAGCAGCCAUAUUCACAGCCACCUCCCCAGUCAGGGCCACAGCAGCAGCCACGGUCCAGGCCACGGCAAGGAAAGGAAGUGGAAGUGCUCCAUGUGCCCCCAGGCUUUUAUCUCCCCUUCCAAGCUCCACGUCCACUUCAUGGGGCACAUGGGCAUGAAGCCGCACAAGUGCGAUUUCUGUAGCAAAGCUUUCAGUGAUCCUAGCAACUUACGCACGCACCUCAAGAUACACACAGGUCAGAAGAAUUAUCGGUGUACCCUCUGUGACAAAUCGUUCACCCAGAAGGCUCACUUGGAGUCACACAUGGUCAUCCACACUGGGGAGAAGAAUCUGAAGUGUGAUUACUGUGAAAAACUGUUCAUGCGGAGGCAGGACCUCAAGCAGCACGUACUUACCCACACACAAGAACGGCAGAUCAAGUGCCCCAAGUGUGACAAGCUGUUUCUGAGGACAAAUCAUCUGAAGAAGCAUCUCAACUCACAUGAAGGAAAGAGGGACUAUGUCUGUGAAAAAUGCACCAAGGCUUAUCUAACCAAAUAUCACCUCACUCGCCACUUAAAAAUAUGUAAAGGCCCCACAUCCAGUCUGUCAGCCCCAGAGGAGGAAGAGGAAGAUUCAGAGGAGGAAUUGAUAGACUCACUGAGGACUGAGGACUGUAGGAUUAACAAUGGAGUCUACUCAACUGGUGAUGCCCUCACAGGACACAAAUGAAGAAAAGGGAGAGGGAAAUUUUUGUGGAUGUUAAAAUGGGGUAAGGAAAAAACUGCAGAUCUCUUCCUUGUUUCCCCAGUCAACAGCGUAUGUCAAAUGAGGAGUAUUCCUUUCAUUGUGAUCUCCCCACUACCACCACUUAAUAAACUCUAGCCAAAACACUGAACGAGAAUGGA